AGCUCGUUCCCAACACUCCCGCCUGGCACGUGCUGACGGUGACAACCGGGUCCCGCACGGGGGCCUUUGCGGCGGAGUUAUGAUUGAAAGAUUACGGCGUUGACAUGCGAUGAAAAGAUAUUUUUCGGGGGUCGGACUUUGCGACGUAGCAACUGCUGCUCGUGUGUUAAAUAAUUGCUUCCUGUGAACUGAGCCGGUGUGCAAAGUUAGGGACGCGGUCGCUAAGGGAGUUUUAACGGUUGCCGCUUACUAUAAGGACAAUUAGUACAUUUUAGAUUUUCAGUUCCGUUUACCCAUUGUUAUUCUAUACUGCGGCUGGUGAACUGAGCGCUCAGGGAAAAAAGAGCUCCCAACUUUUCAUCGUCUACCAAUCCAAGUUUUGGAGACUCUGAAAGGAAUUUUUUUUCAGAAUGGAGCUUUUUAUGGGUUUGUAUUUGUGAUGCAACAACGGAGUCUGUCCGUUCUAGAACUCUCACGAUGUGACGAUUAAAAAAGAAAGUAUUGUUCAACUGAGGAAGGUGAGUGUCCACUUCGGAAGUGCCAAUGGCCUUGACCACCCGCAAACUGCGGCCAUGGAAAGACGUCCAACCGGACAUUCAGAAGAAACUGAGGAACUGGAAUUCCCAAAGGAACGCGGACAAUGUCACCAUUCCAUAUGGACUACAGCUGGAGCACAACCUGUCCCACCCCAACCCUGUACGCUGCAUGUGCUCCCAGCGUGUCCUGACGGGGGACAUCUUUGUGGCCAAUCAGGGCGUGGGAGUCACCAACCAGCUGUACCUGUGGAACAUCGACGCAGACACCAAUGGCGCUGAACUAAAGAAGUACGUCAACCCCUUAACCGAUGUUGACUUUUCUAACUGCAGAUAUCCUGUGACCCCUGCUAUGACCCUGCUGAAGUGCAUCCCUAAGGUCCACGCUCUGGUGGGCUACUGUUCCAGCGACAUGACGAUCAACAUCUUCACUGACAUGCUGCACGACUUCAAACAGUUAUCCACAAGCCCCAUGCCGACCACUGUCUUGUCCAUGGCCUUCCUUGAUGACACUGAUGAGCUGGUGUUGGGGACAGUUGGAUCGUUGCUGACCUUCAAACUCGGCAUGUUUGACAUCCGGGCCAAGCUGGUGCCAUCCAAGCCCUUCAUCACAGAUCUCACCAGAGAUCAGUGGGUUCUGAACCUACAGGUGGACAGAAGGACGAGGCAGCUGAUAGCGAUGUGCGAUGACGGAGUCUUCUUCAUCAACUACAGCAGCCGCAUGCAGGAGCGUUUCCUGCCCAACUGGCACAAGGCUGACCUCAGCUGCUGUAUCGCCUACAGGCCCAAGGAAUACUUCAUCACUGCAGCAACAGAUGGGACCAUGAAGGUGUGGAACUCCAUUGUGUUCAGCCAGGUCCAUGAGUUUAUGGGCCACUAUAACCACAUCACAGGGCUGGCUCUGCACCCCCGCUACCCACUACUGGUGUCUGGGUCCAGGGAUGGGUCCAUCAGGGUUUGGAGGCUGGACACUCUAGAACAGACCUAUCGUUUGGACAUAGGGGAUGACAUCUUGGAGAUGAGCAUGUUAGGGUCAGGCACUAUAUUCUACAGGACAAAACAUCAGAUCAAGGUGUGGUACCUGAACCAGUUCCACUCUACCUUCAGCCACGUGUACUGUAGUGUUAACAAACUGGUACGCAUCAACUGGGCAGGACUGCCAUCACGGGUCCUGGUGACAGGAGAGGAUGGCAGUGUACGUAUUCUGUCAGCUGUUUCUGGGGUAGUGUUGAACAUCAUCUAUCCCAUGGCCACCUACCAAGUUCUGGAUAACCUAGUGUAUGACCCCAGUGCCAACAGAAUCUUUGCAGUGCUGAAAGAUGGAGAGGUUCUGGUGUAUGACAGCUCCACCAACCCCUGUAUGCCUCAACAGCUGCUCUGUCCUGAGACGGACGAUGAACAGGUACUGAGCGCUGCAUUGAUAAAACUGGAGUUGGCGCUGGGGCAGGAACACACCACAGCUGGGAAGGCAGUUGUGUUUGCAGGUCACAAGAAUGGACAACUCUCCCUGCUACAGGCUCCCGACCAGCUCAGGAUGCAAAACAUCCAGGCACACAGUGGCCAGGUCUCAUUCCUAUACUCGUCACAUGGGAAGCCGGGCCAUGGUGUCCUGGGCUCCGUGUCCCGCCUGGUGUCCUGUGGGACAGACAAACGUGUCCACAUCUGGGAGAUAGGUGUGGAGGGGGACACCAUCAGGCUCAUCUGCCUGUCAACUGUGCAGUGCCAAGUCACACCCAUGUUGAUCUCCAUGGUGGGCAACAUUCUGGCCUUGGUGACCAUAGACGGUGUCCUCUCCAUGUAUAAAACAUACACGAAGGAAGAAAUGACUCAAGAUAAGACAACUUACAUUCCAGUGUCGUCCUGCAUAGUCCCACUCACACACCACAUCGAAGAUGACCACAAGAAAGGAGUCACUGCUCUUUGCUGCUCAAGGACUCUUGGCCUGUUUGCAACCACUGGGAAGGACGCUUGUGUCAAGAUCUGGAACACAGAAAACAAGCUGCUCAAAGAACUUGUCCUUGAUAACACGCUACAAGGGGUGUGCUUUGCAAACGACAGAGGAGACCUUCUGAUUGGUUACCAAAGUCAUGUCAGUUAUAUCCCAUUGUUGAACUACCUUCCGAAGCCAUACCUUGAGGAACUUGAUGCAACCGAUGUCUUGGACGAAGAGUUGGAAGAGCCUGUGCCAUAUGAUCCCUCCCUGCAGCUACUGUUCACUAUGGAUUCCAUCCCAGUCUUCCCUCUGGACUUGAAUGAGAGGAGGGAGAUGGAGUUGCAACAAGUCUCCUCCUCUGUGCCUGCAACCCAAGUGUCGGAAAUGGACUUGCAAAUACCAUUUUCCACUAAAACCUCAUCGCUCCUCUCGAUCAAGCCUUCCUCCCAUAUCAGGCAGAGUACAAGACUUAGUGCAAGGGCUUCUCAAACUGCACCAGUAGCAGCGUCACCAUUCAGACUUUCUCCUCCAUUAGAGCCCAUAGGAGCAGUCCCUUCAAGUGUAAAGGAAGAAGAGGAAGAAACUGCUGUAGAAGAAGAAGAAGUAGGGCCUACAGAAACAGUGCCAGAUGAGACCACAUCAGACCAGGUGACAGACAAGGAUGGAACAAAAGAGCCAGAGAAAGAAGAAGAGGAGGAGGACCCACUCUUGAAGCGCAAGCCUAUCAUAGCUCCCGAUGGGUACAUCCCUAACUCUGUCAUCCGAUUCAUCAUUGGUUACAAACCACCCCCAGAGAAGGUUAUCCACGAAGAGUGGAAGCUGAAGGCUGCUCCAUCAGGUGAAUUACCAAAGGUGGAAGAAGGGGAGGAGGAGGAGGAAGCUGAGGAGGAAAAAGAGCUUUUGAUAGAUUGGAGCAGCUCACCAGAGUUAGACAUCAAAGAGGAUGACGAAAGGUGGAAGCUUCCGUCUCCUGUCCGAUUUGGGGAAAAGAAAGAGAAGCCCCGAGAGCAGAAAGCAAGCCCAAAAUUGGACUACAAAUUCAAGAAAGUUCACUUUCCGCCUUCUUCAGGAGAGGAAUCACCUAGCGGCAAAAAGUCAAAGCAGGUAAAGGAGAAGAAAGAAUGGGAAGGACCUACCUUGCUUCGAAAUAUCGUCAACUACAGUUGGUUUCCCCGCGACAAGCUAACUGACCAAAAGCUGACUGUGGAAAACGUCAUGGCCAUUCUUCUGCCUUUGUUGGAAGACACAAGUAACUUAGAUAGGCACAAGAAGGUUUGCAUGGCAAUCACAGAUAUAUACAAGGAGCUUGGACUCAGCAAAGAAUUGCUUGACAAGGUUAUCAAGAUUCUGCUUGGCCAACUUAGCUGUAGGAAUGCUAUCAUCAGAAGAAAUGCAGUGAGAACACUUGGUGCAUUGGGGCUUGACAGAAAGGUAAUCCUCUUGGCUCUAAUAUCUGCUCUUACAGACCAUGACAAAGGUGUGCAAGAGGAGGCUCUUAAUGCCAUAACGACAGGCUCUGGUGUCAAAACCAAACAGGACCUCGCACGAAUGCUGCAGCAGGUUGGGGUUCUCAAGGGGCCAGUCAAAAACAUGGAUAGCCAGAAUUUGAAGGAGUUGGAGGAAAGGAUGGGGAAAAAGGCUCAUGAUCAAGCCCUGCAGGACAGCUUGUCUGAGAUCAGUGCAAAAAUAGCCAUGUGGAAUGACAGGAUUGACCAGAGGCACGCCCUUCCACCACUUGAGACCGAUUUCUUAGACUUCAUAGACAAAGAAGACCAGCUUGACAAGAAGAGAGGAAAACAGAAGACCAAAGGGGCAGCUCAAAUUUCAGGAAAGCAGAAAGAAAGGGGUUCUCCUGGUUCAAAGGCGGGUAAAAAAACUACUAUGUCCUUCAAAAGGCACGCCAAAUCACGCCCAAAACGCCCCCAACCAAAGGUCACUGCCAAACGUCAAUCACGUGUCAAAGGAGAUCUGGCUAGUGGAGAGAGGUGGACACUAUCCCACCAUAACCAGGCCAUCCGAAAAAUGUUGAUUGCCAAGGAGCUUGAAGACACCCGCAGCUCAGUUGGGCAGGGAACUGUGACAACAACACAAGACCACAGCAGACAUGUGGUAGAAGCGCCGCCUAGCAGUCGGAGUGAAAGUCCAACAGACAGCACCAGGCAUGCAGCCAGGGUCGCAGGCUCAGGAACCAAAGAAGGUCAAAGAGAAUUAUCAGAGGCUGAUACAAGCUCGACAUCCCACAAGUUGCCUGGAAAGGAGGCUAUUGAUGACAAAUCAGUCUGCCAAGAUGAUGACACAGCAGUGGGUACUGAUGAUGCAAUGUCAACAGCUCUGACUGACGACAUUGCAUCCACAGCCCCAACAGUGGAGGAACUGGAGCUUAGACUUAGAAGGACUUUCACAGAUGACUAUGCAGCAACCGAAUCCAGCUAUGAUGACUCAGGAUUGGGCCAGAUGUCUGAUACCUCCAGCUACAUGGAUGGAUUCAGGGUCCGGAAGCCCAUGCAGACACAUUACUUCCCACCUAUCAAAUCCGGCAUCCCAUUUGAACUGAGGAGUGACAGCGACAAGUCGUUUUCUCCAUACAAAGAGGAGGGAGGAGAAGAAGAGGAGACGACGGAGAAAUGGCGACAGCUCUUCAACAGACCGUCGGCGCAAAGACGCAAACGCUUGUACGAGGAGCGCGCCAAGAAGCUACGCGGGAAAGGGGCCAAAGCAAAGCAGAGUCUCCCGCCAAUUGUUUACAUGAAGGACAUGAAACAGUUGACAAAGGGCGACUUGGGUCAACGUCUCCUUCUCAGUGUAGCGACACAUUUUGCACCAGAUGCAAGAAAGAAGCUGGAGGGAAGGGAUCGACAUAGGAUCACUAGUCUCCCACAUAAACUGGGCUCCCACACAGAUGUAGAGAGCUAUGGGUGCUCAAACUUUGGCACAAUUAACAUGCUGUGGACCACAAUGGCACCACAGGGACCAGAGAUCCCCGUCUUGUAUCCGCACAACUCAACCUUCACGCCCACUAAAGAUGGUGCUGCACACGGUCAAAGACAACCUAAAAAGCCGUUUCGCGUUCCAUUGCCAUCUCUAGAGAUGUUGACACAAGUGCAGGCCAUCCAGGAAAGUGGUCUGUUGAGGGAGAAAAGUUUGAAACAGAACUACAGCAGAUCUUACCCCUCUGUUACCCCUUACAGUUGGUCUACCCCCCUCCCGCCUGCAAGAAAACUGAACAGCACCCUGAGGAAGCUUGAGCUUUCGGAGGUGGACCUAAGUGCCAAACCAGCGGGGAAAGAAAGCUGUGUGGCCCACAAAAGGGGGCGGCACAGAUGUAAAGUGUGUAAAGGAUACUACUCAUCACCAGAACUUGCAGGAAGACCAGAUUCUGAGGAAGACCCUCCUUCAAGUGCUGCUCCACCACCAUCCAGGGCAGAAAUGUGCAAAGUGAUUUCUUUGCCCAUUCUUGCAUAA